CGAACGCCUCGCACCGCUCAAGUUGAACGCAACGCCGUCUCGCCGCGUGCUCGUUUUUGUUGCUGUCGCUUCUAGUCGAACGUUAGUCGGACGAUCUAGCGCAUAUCGCGCCGUGUGCUCAAUUCUAAUAACAACAACAACUACAACGAAAACCACAACGUUCUAUUCCAUAUGUGCAGCAAUUUAGCAUAAAACUGCUCACGUUAAGUUGCUGAGCCAAAAAAAAAAAAAACAACAACAACAAUAGCAUUGUGACAAAGUACCAAAGUGCAGCGACGCUGACUUUGACGUUGGCGUCUCGUCGCCUGCAUGCGUGCCUUAAUUUUGUGCUUCCUGUGGAGAACGGACAACAACAACAACAAGAACAAGCAGCGGCAAUAAAAUAUAUAUAUGUAUGUGAAAGCAACAAGUGGAAACAGCGACGAAAACAACAGCAAAGCCGGCUGAACAGCAUCAAGAGGAAGAACGCGCGCGUGAAAGAGUGUAAACGGAAAGCGAGAGAGAGAGAGAGCGAGAGCGAGCCCGCUGCUGGCGCUCUCUGGAGGUUUUUUUUUCUUCAGUUCUUCAACAACUUGUCAAAAUGUGUGCGUUUAACGAACUGAGCAAAUUCCACGUGGCGGCGGUUCUUCUAGAAAGCCGCCUGGAUGCGUUUUUGCUUUGAUCGGCUGUGCUUCGCAACCAAGCGGCCAGCCAACAACAGCAACAGCCACCAGCAACAACAGCAACAACAGCAACAACAACAACAGCACAGCUGCACAAAUGAGCCGUGCAGCAGCACAAAUGCACCACCAAUCGCAACCACAGCACCACCCGUCACUGUCUAUGCCGAAUACCAAAAGCUGCAGCCAGCGUUAAUCAGCAGAGACGACACCGAGGCCAAGCCACCGGACAUCAGCCCAGAGAGCGGCAUCCGAGAGCAGACGCCGCCGCCGCCGCUGCCAACGGCCCCUCAAGCACCCCCGCCACCAGCCGCUAGCACCACCAGCACCACCAGCCCCGUAGAGCGUCGCUAUCGGCGCCACAGCAGCGCCGAAGAUCAGAGGCGCACGAAAGCGUUUGCGAUUGCGAUUCCGUUGCCGAAAGCGAAUUCGAAUACGAAUUUGCGAAAAGCGGCCAGCAUGCAGCAGGAGCCGAACGCCAACUAUCAGUUUCAGCCCGACCUGGGUCUGGUGAACAUCGUCAACAACAACAACAACAACAACAACAACAACAACAACGGCAACAACAACUUUGCCAACAACAACAACUUUGCCAACAACGGCAGCGGCAUUGUGACGCUACCCGCUGCGAACAGCAUUGGCUAUCUGGGCCUGGAGCAUACAGCGGCGGGUCUACGCCUGAUACCCGCACCGGGGCCGCCCUGCCAUUCGGACGUGCUCACCCAUACGCUGAUCUACGGCACACCGCCGUCGGGCACGCCGCAGCAGCUGCACACAGAUCCGCGCAGCCUGCUGCAUCAGCAGGAGCUGCAGCUGCAGCAGCGCUACCAGCAAUUGCAGCAGUUGCAGGCACAGACGCAGGGCGUUUACACCGCCUCCGGCAGUCCCGUUCCGGUGCUGUAUCAGCCCACGCCCACCAGUCAGCCCGUUGCCAUACCCGGCGCCUGCCAUUCACCCACCGCCCAGCCACACCAGCAGCAGCAGCCGCCCAAUUCCUUGGCGCUGGCACAACAAAUGCAGGGAUUGCGCAUAUCGGGCAGCGGCUCAGCCACGCCCUCGCCGGUGGGCAUGGUCGAUGCCACGCUCAUGAUGAGCAACAAUACGUACGUGGCGGCCACGCCACAGGAGGAGCGCUUUCUCCAGAUCAUACAGGCCAAGGAGAUGAAGAUCCAGGAGAUGCAGCGCGCCCUCCAGUUCAAGGAUAACGAAAUUGCCGAACUGCGCUCGCAUCUGGAUAAAUUCCAGAGCGUCUUCCCCUUCAGUCGCAGCAGCGCCGCCGGCUGUGCGGGCGCCGGCGCCGCCUCGCCCGGCGCUGGCAAUGGCUCCGGCUCCGGCGCUGGACCCACCACUGCCACGGGCGCCACACGCAAGUCGGGCCAAACGUUUCAGCGUCAACGUGCCCAGGGCAUCUCGGCGGAACCGCAGAGCGAAUCCUCGGUGCUGCUCGAUCACAUCAGCUUUCCCAAAUACGAAAAGGAUGAACGUUCCCGUGAACUUAUCAAAGCGGCCAUUUUGGAUAAUGAUUUCAUGAAGAACCUGGACUUGGCACAAAUACGCGAAAUUGUCGAUUGCAUGUAUCCGGUUAAAUAUCCAGCCAAAAAUCUAAUCAUCAAGGAGGGAGAUGUCGGCAGCAUUGUAUACGUUAUGGAAGAUGGACGCGUGGAGGUCUCACGCGAGGGCAAAUAUCUCUCGACGCUCUCCGGCGCCAAGGUAUUGGGCGAGCUGGCCAUUUUGUACAAUUGCCAGAGGACGGCGACAAUCACCGCGAUCAGCGAGUGCAAUCUGUGGGCGAUCGAGCGUCAAUGCUUCCAGACGAUCAUGAUGCGCACGGGCCUCAUCCGCCAGGCGGAGUACACGGAUUUCCUCAAGAGCGUGCCCAUUUUCAAGGAUUUGCCAGAGGAUACCCUGAUCAAAAUCUCCGAUGUGCUUGAGGAGACGCACUAUCAGCGAGGUGAUUACAUUGUGCGCCAGGGGGCACGCGGUGAUACCUUCUUCAUCAUCUCCAAGGGCAAGGUGCGUGUGACGAUCAAGCAGCCGGAUACACAGGAGGAGAAAUUCAUACGCAUGUUGGGCAAGGGUGAUUUCUUUGGAGAGAAGGCGCUUCAAGGGGAUGAUCUGCGCACGGCCAACAUCAUUUGUGAGUCUCCCGAAGGCGUGAGCUGUUUGGUCAUUGAUCGUGAGACGUUCAAUCAGCUGAUAUCAAGUCUGGACGAGAUCAAGCAUCGCUAUGACGACGAGGGUGCCAUGGAGCGUAGAAAGAUCAACGAGGAGUUCCGCGACAUUAACCUCACAGAUCUGCGUGUGAUUGCCACAUUGGGUGUGGGAGGCUUUGGGCGCGUGGAACUAGUGCAAACCAAUGGCGACAGCUCGCGCUCCUUUGCCCUCAAGCAGAUGAAGAAGUCACAGAUUGUGGAGACGCGUCAGCAGCAGCACAUCAUGUCCGAGAAGGAGAUCAUGGGCGAGGCCAAUUGCCAGUUCAUUGUCAAGCUGUUUAAGACCUUCAAGGACAAAAAGUAUCUGUACAUGCUGAUGGAGAGCUGCCUGGGCGGUGAGCUCUGGACCAUAUUGCGUGACAAGGGCAACUUUGAUGAUGCCACCACCAGAUUCUACACGGCCUGUGUGGUGGAAGCCUUUGACUAUUUGCACUCGCGCAACAUUAUCUACAGGGAUCUGAAGCCAGAGAAUCUGCUGCUCGACGAGAAGGGCUACGUGAAGCUGGUGGACUUUGGCUUUGCCAAGAAACUGCAGACGGGCCGUAAAACGUGGACUUUCUGUGGCACGCCCGAGUAUGUGGCGCCCGAGGUGAUAUUGAAUCGUGGCCAUGACAUAAGCGCUGAUUACUGGUCGCUCGGCGUGCUCAUGUUUGAGCUGCUCACGGGAACUCCACCUUUUACGGGCUCGGAUCCGAUGCGCACUUAUAAUAUAAUACUUAAGGGCAUUGAUGCCAUCGAAUUUCCGCGUAACAUAACACGCAAUGCCAGCAACUUGAUCAAGAAACUGUGUCGCGAUAAUCCCGCCGAGCGUUUGGGCUAUCAACGCGGCGGCAUUAGCGAAAUACAGAAACACAAAUGGUUCGAUGGCUUCUAUUGGUGGGGUCUGCAGAAUCGUUCACUGGAACCGCCCAUAAAGCCCAACGUGAAGAGCGUUGUGGACACGACCAAUUUUGAUGACUAUCCGCCCGAUCCGGAGGGACCGCCACCAGAUGAUGUCAGCGGUUGGGACAAGGAUUUCUAGUGUAGAAUUGACGUAUGGGAAUUUUUUGACGCUGCUCUCUAGCGACUUUUGUCGCGCAGCUGCUGCAACUUGAGACAGAUAAUGAUAAUCGAUCUAACGGAUCUUAACUAGUGCGCCAUUUGUACGCCAAAGCAAUAGUCAGGGUCAGACUUUAGGACGAAAGCUGAUCCCCCAAGUAGCAGUCGCAACGCCUAGGGUCCUCAUACAAACAGAUCAUGUCGCGACCAGAAAAGGAAAAAAUCAAACAAACAAACACACCCAGCCACACACCCGCACACACACCCAUGAAAACGGCUCAUGCAUGUUCAGAGAUCUGAUUAUCAUCAUAAAACAUUGUGCAACACUAUGAAUUUAUUAACGAGUUUAUAAACUAUUAUUAUGUAAAGAUUGUGAAAUCUAUAUUUUCUAGUUCAUUGGAUGUCGAUAGAAAUUGUAAGUAGGUUCCUGUGUCCUGGCAUUCAUCUGUUCCGGCCAUGUGCAUUGUGUAAAUUGUUUUCUCUCUCUAUCUAUAUAAAAUUAAAAUUAUAAUUGUUAAAUGUACCAAGUGCAAACACACACACACACACACACACAUAUAUACAUACAAAUCGGGUUGCCUUAUAGCCUGUAAGCAGAUUUUAUACAAUUAUAUGACCAAGACCCUCAUGCUCAUAACAUAUUUCUUCUUCCUCUUCUUUUUCUUCUUCAUUUAUCUAUUAUUUUAAUGUUUCUGAGCAAUCGUGGAUCUACAUGCUAAUUAUUCUUCCAAUCAUUAGCCUUAAACAUCAUCAUAUUCUAUAUAAAAAUGAGCUAAAUAACGUCUUUUUCAAUUGUCUUUUUUAAGUAAACUGAGCUAGAAAUUAAAUAAAUAACAAAUUUAUGCGCCUAACUUAAUGGAAUUUAAUUACUUAGUUGAAAAAUGGACAUGCAAAAUGUAAGAAUCAUGAAUAUCUGGUUACAAAUAAUUAUUUGUUUUC